AUGUUGAUUAAUCCUAUUAUUCGAGCAGCGAUACUACAACGGCUGGCGGCGCGACAGGCACUCAUGGCUCAACUUCAACAAGAUCGACAACCCUUGCUAUGGAAUGUCGGGCCUCUUGGUGGAGGGAUCGGCGGCGGACCAGGUAUUGAAAGGUUUCCAGGAGGCUUAGGAGGAAUGCCUCCAGGUGGAAUGCCUCCAGGUGGAAUGCCCGGAGGUAUCGGAGGGUUUCAAGGCGGAAUGCCCGGACCUGGCUUCAGGCCAGGCAUGGGAGGGUUUCCGGGUGCAGGAGGAUUUGGUGGUUUUGGUCUUAAAGAUGACAAAACCGGUAAAGCUAAGGAUGGCAAGACCGGUAAAGCUUCAGAAGGUGCAAGCCGUCCUAGUUCUGCUAGCUCGGCUAUGCUAGCCAGGCUUCACUGCUUCGUAAAACUCAAGGUAGCGAAGGGAGAGAAGUCCGUAAGUCGUGAGAAACCCAAGAGCAAGAAGUCCUCCAAGGACAAGAGUGGUUCUUCCAAAUCCGGCAAAUGA